GUCUUCAAAGAGCAAAAAGCCCUCACCAGAGGCCCCGCCCACUUCACGCAGUGAGGUGAUGGUGAAGUUUGGAAAACCUGUCCUCCAAGUGCCGUUUAAGCGCAUCAAAGUCUUUGUGCUGUUGUUCGUGUUGCUGUUCCUGCUGGUGCUGAUCCUCUCCUUCAACCUGCUGUUCACCGCAGUGAAGAUCCGAAGCCACCUGGGCUCGUUCAUCAACAUGAUCUCCAGUGGAGAUGGCGAAGUUUUGCCCAGUCUUUUGGCCUUGCCGGUGUUCCUCUUCCUGUGCCUCGACUGCGCCAUAUUCUUCUUCAUCUACAAGAUCUUCUCGAAGAAGAAGAGCCCUGGAGUGAAUCGGCUGCUGUUCCUGCUCAUCCUAGUUGCCGCUGUCUUGAUGGUGAUCACAUUGAUAAUCGUCUUUGUGACGUUGGGGCACGUUUUCGGAUCGAGCAAGAGCAUAGAAGAUGGCAUCAUCAACGCAAUGGCAAAAUACGAACUGAAUUCGCUAUACAAGAAGCUGAUUGAUCGGCUGCAGAUCGAGUUCCAGUGUUGCGGCAGCAACAAGUACGAUGACUGGUACAACAUCACGUGGCUGGAAAAGUCCACGUCCACCAACUCCAGCACCAGCCAGAGCGGAAAAACCCCAUUCAGUUGCUGUGCCAUCAAAACCAAAUUCCCUUGCAUUCACUUCGAUAUUGAGUCCACUGGGGUCAACUACUUGUACACGCCCGAGUUCAACUUGAGCAUAUCAGGAACCGGAUGUCAUACGAGGAUAGUCGAAACAAAGCGCCAAAUCGGCAUGGGCAUUGUGGCCAGUCUGUUCCUCUACAUGUUUUUGGAGUGCCUGUUGCUGGUUCCUGCUAGAUUUCUGCAAACCGGCCAUUCGGUGGACUUCAAGUUCGAGGGCAACAGCAAGAGUUACAUUGUGUGGCUGAUUGGCUCGUAUGCGGGCAAAAACCAGAGCAAUGGCCCUCCAGAACCUCCGCCAGUGCCGCCUGAUUUAAUGAAUUAGGAGCAUUUUAUUUUUCUUUUCUGCUUGUUGAUUUUGUACUCAAUACACAGGCAUUUGCUUCGAA